UGCCGAACGGAACAGUCGGUCCGUCCCUCGCCAGCUUUGAAGCGCAAGUGCGCAACGGCUCCGCAUCCGGGUUUCCGCAACAGCAACUGCGGGCAGCCUGCUGAGCUUGCGAGCAGCUGUAUGCGUCGCAUUAUUGGUAUGUGAGUGUGUGUGUGUGUGUGUGUAUAUACGUUGUGUUGUUGUUCCAGUUUCUACCGGUGAUGGCACACUUUUACUAAAAUCCAUACCAUAUAGUGCCGCGGAGUGAAAGGUGCGCACGCUUUUACAGUAACUGUGUCAAGUGAGACGGAGCACGUGCGACGGGGUGGCGGAUGGAAUGAGAUGCAGCAUACCGAAGGCUCGCGUGCGGUGGCUGUGUCUGUGUGUAGUGUGCGAAUCCAGGAUAUUAGGGAAGUAGGAAAUCGUGUGGAUCCAGCUUCGUUCUCCCAGGCAGGGCAUUCCAUUCGCUGGCAGCAUUAGGUCAUCCGCGAUAGUAGCAGCCGAAUGUGUGUGUCCGUCCAACGGUAACGGCUAGCGUGUACACUUGCUGCCGUUGGUAGUGGUGGUAGUGGUGAUAAUAGCGUACCGAUUGUGAACCGAUCCGAUUGGAAAACUAAUCACAAGCCAUCCGUGCAGCAAAAACCCAAACUUCGAUUACCAAAUUCUUCAAAAAUUUCAAGUGCAGUGUAAAGUGUGUUUGCAUACUUCCCCAAUUCACUUAACUGAAGUGUAAACAAAAGUUUUAAGUUAAUGUUUUAAGUAGCAAUUAAAUAUGUUUUAAUUAAGAGCGAGGAUACCUUUUCCGUUAAUUACAAAGUUUUUCAGGAAAAAAAAAACAUUUAAAUCUACCACAGUUUCAUGCAGACCCCAAGAGGCACAGUAUUGCACAACUUCCGACCCUACUGAAAGCUGAUAUUGUUCCCAGUACCAGCAAUCUCCCUUAGCCGCUACCCCUCACCCUCCCUGGAUGCUGCAGCUGAUGUAAGUCCCGUGUUUUAAUGAACUGCACGCACUCGGCCGCCGACGCGCACAGAUGAACAGAGCAGCAAACGAAACGACAAAAAUAUGUGAAACAAUUCCACGGCCGCUGUUUGACGGACGGAGCAAGCGGGCCCGCGUACGCGAAUCGGCACUUAAUUAAAUGCGAACAAUAAACGCACCGCGGACCACCACGCAUGCUACUCCCUUUGACGCGAAAAAGGCGAGUGAAAUUAGCUGCCCCGAGCGUGCCGAACUGCGGCAGCGCUGAUUGCUGUCUCCGUACCGUCCCCGGCGAAAGGAUAAUCGUCCGCCGGGGGCUAUUAUUGCGUUGGGCUGGGCACGAGAUCCGUUGGCGCGUGAUGUACGAUGAGUGUGUCCCGUGCGUCCAGUGGCAACGGCGCCACACCCAUCCGGCCGGCCACUGCUUCCGGGACGCCAAUGCGAGUGUGUGAGUGUGUCUGUGUGUACAUAUGAGGUAAGCAAGUGCAAUCGACACAUGUGUGCCAGUGCUGCCAGGACAUAAAGGGAAACUCCUAGCCGGGAAAGCGAAGUGUACGAGUGUGUGUGUGUGUGUGUGUGUGUGUGUGCGGUGGUGUAAGUGAGUGGGUGAUGCGAAAGCGCACACCGAGUGAAAAUGUUCACCAGCCGCAGUGUACCACCGACAGCGCAGCCGGAAGUGAACGCGCUCCUCGGAGCAGCCACCCAACCGAUCACCCUGCCCGGUGCGCUGGCGACCGUCGCGUCCGCCCUAGCGUCGGCCGGAUCGGCCACCCUGACCUCCCUCGCCAUGGCACCGACGUCCGGUGGGCCGGAAGUGGACGGGGCAGCCGGUGGCUGGAACGGUACCGGCGACGCUACCUCCGGCGCGGCCGGCGACCACCAGCCCGUCGGGCCGGGCACCAACGCGGUCAACCUGACCGUACCCACCGCGUCAACAAUCGUAGAACCUGCCGAUCGGCUCGUCGAGCUGACGGUGCUGUGCUUGAAGAGUCUCAUCUUCGGAUCGAUCAUCAUCGGGGCUGUGCUAGGCAAUGCACUCGUUAUCAUUUCGGUGCACAAAAAUAGAAAAUUAAGAGUAAUAACCAACUACUUUGUAGUAUCAUUAGCAAUGGCGGAUAUGCUGGUAGCACUCUGUGCGAUGACAUUCAACGCAUCGGUAGAGCUGUCGGGAAGGUGGCUGUUCGGAUCGUUCAUGUGCGACGUGUGGAACAGCCUGGACGUUUACUUCUCGACGGCGAGCAUACUUCACCUUUGCUGCAUAUCGGUCGACCGAUACUUCGCCAUCGUACGUCCGCUCGAGUACCCGCUGUACAUGACGCAGCGGACCGUUUUCUUCAUGCUGGCGAACGUGUGGGUCCUGCCGGCCCUGAUCUCCUUCACGCCCAUCUUUCUCGGCUGGUACACGACGGCCGAGCAUCUGGCGGCGCUCAAGAUUAACCCGGACCUGUGUAUAUUCGUUGUAAAUAAAUCCUACGCAAUCAUUUCCAGCUCGAUCAGCUUCUGGAUACCGGGCAUCGUGAUGGUGACGAUGUACUACCGCAUCUACAAGGAAGCGGUCCGGCAGCGAAAGGCACUGAGCCGCACCAGCUCCAACAUACUGUUGAACAGCGUGCAGAUCAACAACGCGUCCAACACGCUGCACGCGAACCACCACCAUCACAACCACCACCAUCAGCAUCUGCACCACCGGAAUCACCAUUUGCGUGCGAGCGACUGCGAUCUCGGCAUCGAUAUCAAAGACAUCCAGCACGACACGCACAGCGAGCUGAGCGAUCUUGACCUGCAGGUGCCAAUAGUGCCGACGGUCGUUGCCAACACCGACGACGACUUUCUGGUUCCGUCCUCGCCGCCCCGCCGCCUGAGCCGCAGUUCGAUCGAUCUGCGCGAUCUCGAGUACAAAGGCGAGGGCAAAAUCAAAGCGUCCGACAGCGUGUCGUCCAUCUUUCCGCUGCACUACGAGAACAAUCUGCGCUACUCCGGCUCGGAACCGAUACACAUAAAAGAGGCACAGCAGCUGCAGCAGCAGCAGAAGCAACAGCCAAACGAUCAGCAGCAACGUCGCGCCUCGCGCAAAGACAGCUUCCGGCAGAUCAACUUCUUCCAGCCCUUCUUCUCGCGCAACAGUUUGCUGAAGACGUACAUCAAGGGUGGGGCAGGUGGAACGGGAGGCAGCGGCGGUGGUGGUGGUGGUGGUAGCGGUACGGUGGGUGCAGUGACGGGCAGUGCCAGCGCCAUCGCUGGCAACCAGCUGAACAACAACCGAUCGGUCGAGCGGAACAACAAAAACAACGACAACCGCUCGAACAACAACAUACUGGAUCUGAUCAAUGUGGCCUCGUCGCUGAACAAAGGAGGAGACUCGGAGAAGGAGAUGAACACGCACAAGCGGCACCAGAUAGCGGCGAGCGAGUCCGACUUUCUCACGAUGAUCGAGAAGCAGCGGCAGAAGCUGGGCAAAAACACCAACAGCCUGAAGAACUGCAACAAGGACGAGAAGGAGCUGAUGUACGCCCUGAGCGAUUCGGACUUUAGCGUCGGGCUGCAGAAGCAGCAGCAGCAGGACGAGGGAGUCGCUCGCCGGUGCUUCAAGAAUCUCGUCGGCAGUGAGGUGGCCCGGGACGGUAUCUUUAAGAUCGUGCUAAACGGCGAGGGAAAUGGUGGAGCGUCGGAGACCGGUGGUGCAUCGCCGGCAGCAGUUGGGCUGGCAGGUGGCGUCGACGGCGGUACGGAAAGCGUCAUCGGGUCCGGUACGAUGGGUACACCGGACAUCUUGAUCGGCUGCUUUGACCAUGGGUUUACGGGCUCGCGGCCCGCCCUGAACAGUCCCACCGUGAAGGAGCUGGUGGCGGACGAGGGUGCGCUGAUCAAAGCGUCCAGCCUGAAGGUGACCGACCGGGGCGACGGUACAUCCGAACCAUCGGCGGAGGGAGCGAAAGUGAUCGACCUCAUAUCGACGAUCAACGGGCCGGCCGGUGAGGACGGUGUGCGAUCGGUGAAGCCCCCGGCCGGUCCCGACAAUCAACUCUCCACCGCGCUGAACGUGUCGCUCAACGCACGCUGCAGCCCGGUCAACAUUCAGCUCAGCGAGGCGUCGACCAUCUCGCUCGAUCUGGUCGCGACGAGCCCGAAGGAGAAGCUGCCGAAGGUGCCGACGUCGGCACCGGCCACCGUCACCACGAUCGACAUCGCGAGCGAGAUGAUGAUGAUGCUGGCGGACAAUCCCGACAUCGUGAUCGACAACAGCCAUACCGGGGCGACGGUUUCGCCCACCUCGCGCACGGUCACGCCGUCGCGGGCCCCAUCGAUCAUGACGCCGUCGCCGCAGCAUCAUCCACGGCUCGGCCGCAAGCGCCAGUCCUCCACGGUGACGUACAACAUCAACGUGAUCAACUUCCAGGCGGGCGACAAUCCGGACGACGACGCGAGCUUUCAGCUGAACAACCGCAACGGCAGUGGUGGAGGCACUGCGACCGCUGGCGGACGCUCGAACAGCUCCACGAGCUCAAGCCAAAAGCAUCAGCGCCGCGGUGCCAUUUGCAUUGUGAUCAACAACGACAAUGUGGUGCACGCCAACGAUACCGACACGGACCUGGAGGAGGACGGUUGCUGCGCAACAGCAGCGCAACAGCACCGGAACUACCAACACCAACACGACCACCAACACCAGCAGCAGCAGCAGCAGCAGCAGCAACAGCAGCAUCAGCCGCAGCAACGGUACGCGAACCAGCCCGGCUGCUGCUAUGGGGGCGGGGGCCGCCACCAGGACGAUGGGUCCGGGGCGGCCUCCUGCCGGCACCACAAGUUCCGCAAGAUCAAAUGCCUCUGGAACCAUCUGAAGCGGUACGGGCUGCGGCGCUCCGGGCCCUCCGUGCAGGUGUCGUCCUGUGGCGGGGCGUGCGACUUUGGCCCACCCUCUCCCACCGUCUCGACCGGUGCCGGGGGCGCGGGAGGAAACCGGCUGGCCGUGCCCAGCCCGGUGCCGCCCGGCUGCCGGCAUUCGCGCUGCUCCAGCGUCGGAUGUGGAGAAGGUGGCACCUCGACCCGUCCCUCGAAGGGCUGGCGGGCGGAGCAUAAGGCGGCCCGGACACUCGGCAUCAUCAUGGGAGUGUUUCUGCUCUGCUGGCUGCCAUUCUUUCUCUGGUACGUCAUCACGACGCUGUGUGGCGAGGAAGCCUGCCCCUGCCCAGACGUUGUCAUCACGGUACUGUUCUGGAUCGGGUACUUCAACUCGACGCUCAAUCCGCUCAUCUACGCCUACUUCAACCGGGACUUCCGGGAAGCGUUCCGGAACACGCUCCAGUCGCUGCUGCCCUGCUUCGUUCGCCGCAGCCCGUACGGGCACAGCGUCUACUACGUGUAGUAUUAAGUGCAUACCCGUAGGCUGUAAGGAAACUUCCUCUUUCAUUUCGGCUCCAUUUUCCCUCUUUGGUUAACACACACACACACGCAUGCUAUCGUACUGCGUUGGAGGGGACGCAUACACUCGGAGAAAAGGGUGUAUUUUUUCGUAGUUUUUGUUGUUUCUGGUAUGUCCUUGCGCAAACAAAAAAACAAACAAACAAGUGAAACGUAACAAAUCCUCCUUCCCAGUGGAUCGAGUGUACCAUGCGUGAUGAAUGUUCUCAUCAAACAUUGUGCGCGCUGUACUUCUGUACUCGCGGGUAGCUUUUAUCUACUUUAUCAAUUAACAAGGUAGCAACCGUAUCCUUUCCCAUUUUCCACUUCUUCCACCGAAUCCACCCGCGCCCAGGGAACAGUGUUGAUAAGCUCUGCGGUAAGCUUUCGCUCCACAGGGUAUCAUCGCGCUGAUCGUGACUGACACUUUGUGCUGCAUAAUUGAACGGUUUUGCUCGAAGGAGGCCAGCCCAGCCCGCACCCUGCUGUGAGGUGUCACAAAUUCGAAAUGGGAAGCGAGCAACAAAACACCCGCAGCAGAAAAAAUGACAGAAAAAAAACCCGAAUGAUGUCUGCGUUGUGCUGAUUCAAAAUCGAAUUAGACAGAUGCUGCCGGGGUGGGCUCCUGUGUUUGGGGACACAUUUGGCCCUCGGCAUUGGACACGGCAAAGAAUGGCGCACCAUCGGUGGUACAGCCCGGCAUAGUACGGGGGCGAAAUUGGGUAAAAGGCGAACACUGUUUGCUCACUUCCCUGCGCGGCAGAUUGUGUCAGCUUUGAUCAAUUCGUGCGAUGCUGCCUAUGGCGGGACACAAAUAUUGACAAACAGUGUGUAUCGGAUGUGCGGGUCAGAGAGGAGGGAGGGUUGUUUGUGUGUAUCGAAAGCUUGCAAUCUUCGGUACACAAUGUUCAUUGUGUACACACACAUACAAUUACACAGACAGAGGAGGAGAGCUACGCACGGAAAGCAAACACACGGAAGGUGCAAACGCUUUCAGCGUUAUUUACCCAUCGGCUUUCGGUUCCCACCGGGCCCGGGGAAUUGGCUACCUGUUGUUGGUGAAUUUUGCUUCCGCCGUACCGGGAUCGUGAGCAACCUCGGCUGUGUUUUACGGUCAUUUGCAGGAUUUUUUUUUUUUGGUUGUGACAGGUUCCUAUGGUGGCUUGAAACCUGACGACCGAACUUGGCAGUAAGCGGAUUUUCCAUGCAACUAGAGAAGAAACGAUAUGGUUUAAGUUCGAUAUGGUGAUGUUGAUUGCACACAUUCGUAUAGACAAAAGCGUCAAGGUAUAAACGCACAAAUCGAAAUUGCAUGACUAAAAGCAACAAACAAAGCCCUGUUAACCUUAGUUAGAGACAGCUAGGUUUGCUUUUACACAUUCUAUUAGAGGAGGCAUGUAACUAUCCCUAAAAAUUUUCACCGAAACAGUUGUAGCAUCGACAGAGUUAUUUUCUCGUUUUUGUAUUGCAUUUGUUUUUCUUUCACUCGAUCCCUCGUACAAAAUGAUAUUCCCAGUGACUGUCGUCUGCGCUGCCGUUGAUGUUCCCGCUGGCGAAACCGGGCGCCCACGUACUUAGACCGCCCACUAGUGUGAAAUGUAGCAAUAAUUGUAGGUGUUAUUAAAUCCACCUCUUCCUUUGCACCUUCCGUUUCGGUAUGGUGAUGGACGAAUGAGGCAACAAAACGAGAAAAAAUACAGACGGCCCCACAGUAGAUGUAACAUUAGAUGUAACUGUUUAGCAUGCCGUUGUGUCUGACAGCAGAGGAGCGGCGACCGGUACUCGCAAUAUAUCAAAAUCUAGGCAGAAUAAAAUGAAUGAAUUUGGUAGGUGUUCAUAGGUGCACAGGCAAGGAUGCGGAUUUUUUUGUGUCACUAACGAAAAACGAUUCGAUGAUAGCGAUCAAGCUGUUAGGUAAUAUACUAUAAAAUUUAAAAGAAAGCUUCGUUUCAUUCUACACCAAACAGUACCGUGUGAGCUUUUUGAAAGCAGUAGUGCUGAAAUGUUUCACAGCGGAUAUAUCGUUUCAUGCCGUUUCAUUUAUUGAAAUGUUUCAUUCUACGAACAGAAUCAUCUUUCUGCCGUUGAAAGCCUGCUAGCUGUUCGUGAUUUAGUACAAAGCUUUGUAAAGAAAGGUGUUGAUUUGGACUCGAUUAUUUGUUUUAUUACUAGUUAAACUGAACUGUGAAUUAUGUUUUGCGUGAAUGUUGUAUUUUUAUGUGACAAUUUUGAGGUUCGUAUUUGAGAUGCAUUUAUCCUGCGGAAAUUAUGCAUUAAUGCCGAUUAAGCGUCAGUUGUUUAGAAACACAAGAUGGAUCAAUGUUCAAUGUUUUCCAUUAGGGAACAACAAUGUUAACUCAUUUAUUUUACAACAGCAAUCCAAAACCGACAAUCCACCGCAUUAAGGUCGCAAUGUGUACAGCUAAGGAAUAAGUUUCAAAAGGUCAGGCUGGAGCUGUCCCUUAACAGGAGCUAAGUUUUGUGAUAUUUUGUUGUUCUAUUGUGCAAAACAUAGCAAGCAGAGUUAGCCAAGCAAACGACAGUAAUGUGUGUUAGUUGUGAAUACACGUAGCGUACAGAAGCUAUGUACGGAACAAUUAGUUUCCUCCCAAAAAACGGUUGAAUAAUAUACAGAAGCAGGUAGGGCGAUGUAGGAAUAACAUAGCUGAAUCAAUUUCACCACACUAGUACUGGUUACAAACUUUCAAGUGAGAUAAUUCCUAGCUUAAACAAUGAACAACGGGUAAUUUAAACAUUCCGCACUGCUUAAUGAUGGCGUUGAUUAAUAACAACAAUAUUAGUUUGUGAGUGUGUUUGUGUGCGUGAAAUGUUUUGUAUAUAGUGUAGCAAUGUAUGCGGAUGACCUUGGCUAGAUACGUAUAUUGCGGUUAAAGAGGGUUAAACAGAAACAGAGCGAAUGUCAAGGUUGUUUUUCACGUUAUAUUAGCUGACCAGUCAGUAAGUUGAAGGUCAACACCAUUCAGCAGAUGACUUUGGGAGCCUAUACACAUUAGUUACAUGCUACUGAUGAACAAAUUAGUCUGCAAGAUGUUAAACUAACAACCCGUACUGUUAACUAUAUUACAUGCUGUGGUUGCUGCUAAAGUGCCACAGUGAAACCAUAUCCCCGCCCUUCGCACAAGAAUACAAAACCGAUAUUAAUGCAACAAAAGGCAACUGAUGAUUCACACACCUAGUUAACGACGAUGGAUCGCUGUUUGGUGUAUAUGUUGAUUUUGUAUGUGUAAGUGUGUGUGUAUAUGCGUGUAUCUUUGUGUGCAUGUGUGUGUGUGAGUUGUGUAUUUAUGACGAGUGGGAUAGAGCAGACGCUAGCCGACUCCCGUAGUGUAGUAUUGUGGAGAAGCUUUUUGGAAAUUAUUUUAAUGACAAACUAUUUGUAAGGAUUUUCUGCGCCAAUCCGAAUUUGAUUUCCGAAUAGAUGAUUUCAAAACAUACAUUUAUUUCAAAAAUGAACGUUUCGUUGUGCGCCCUCGCUAAAGGCAAUACUGAAUAAAAAAAAUUAAACUCUGCUCUGGUUUGCGUCUGCGGCGGAGGGAAAUUGUAGUUUGCUGUAUAUCGAAAUUGCUGUGUGUGAUGGAAACAAAAAUAUAGAAAACACUCAACAGCAAAUCUGAUUUGAAAGGUUACGGAAAAUCGUCUGCAUGAGCACCGAUAGACCUGCUAUCGUAUCGUAUCUCUGUACCGUACACAGGCUCUCCCAAAAUAACAAUAAACACCCACAGCAACCAUGAAUAAAGACUGUCGAAAAUAGUAACCAAAA